UCUGUUAUUCUCUUCCUCAGUCGAUUCUUCUUCUUCGAAUUAGUUUGGAAUUUGGCAAAGUCUCGCCGCCAAAAUGCUACUGCAACUACGGCACCGUUUGCUGAGCCCCAAUUUCCCAUCCCCCCGCACCUUCCCAUCUCCCAAAACCCUUCCAAUUUCCCUCUCCCUCCGCGCCUCCAUUUCCCAGAACACAAACCCCCAAUCCUCCCAAUCCGCCGCCUUCGCGCGCACCGUCCUAUUCAUACCCCCCGGAGUGGAGCCGGACGAAAUCACAGAGGAAAAAGUCCUCCCUGGCUCCAACAUCGUGCUGGGGCCCUACGCCGGCGACGCCAAAAUCAAGCAGGUCGAUUUCGUCAAGAGCAGCAAUCGCCCCAAGGAUUGCCCUAGAGAUGAGCGGCCUGAGUUCGCAAUGCUCGGCCGCUCCAACGUCGGAAAGUCUUCGCUUAUUAACUCGCUGGUUCGGAAGAAGGAAGUCGCGCUCACUUCUAAGAAGCCAGGGAAGACUCAGUUGAUUAAUCAUUUCUUGGUGAAUAAGAGCUGGUACAUUGUGGAUUUGCCUGGAUACGGAUUUGCUAAUGCCCCGGAGUCUGCUAGAAUGGAUUGGUCAUCUUUUACCAAAGGUUACUUUUUGAAUCGUGAUACCCUGGUCUCCGUUCUCCUUCUGGUUGAUGCUAGCGUUCCGCCUCAGAAAAUUGAUCUUGAUUGUGCAAACUGGCUCGGACGAAACAAUAUACCUAUGACUUUCGUUUUCACAAAGUGUGACAAAGCAAAAGGAGGCAAAGCUAAAAGGCCUGAUGAGAAUAUUAGAGAUUUUCAACAGCUGAUCAGAGAAAGCUAUCGGCAACACCCUCCAUGGAUUAUGACGAGCAGCGUGACAGGGUUAGGCAGAGACGAGCUUCUUCUGCACAUGUCACAGCUCAGAAACUAUUGGGAUCAGGAGUAGUGUGUAUGUACAACUGCAGAAACAUCACCAAAGUUAAGAAAAAAGGUAUUGCGACCUGCCAAUUUUGGUCUCUACUCAAAUCUUAUGUCGUUGUAAAUUGUUAUGCCCCUCUUUUGAACUUCCCAAAGCUGGUAAACUAGUUCACUGUAGCUCAGUAGAAUAUGUUGUGCUUUUGAUCUCAGCAGUUUUUCUAUCCUGUACAUGUUCUAGAGGCUUUGUCUUUGGGUUUGGGCAGUUAGCUGCUUCAUAAUAGAAUAGAUGUUUCUUACCA